CUGUUCUCAUUCCGAGCAUUCUUCGCAUCUCUGUCCGUGCGCUGUCGAUUCACGUACACAUAUCCGGCUGGCCCAGAAACACAACAAUAACUUUACACAGUUUACAAAAAAUAUAAUAUCCCACAAUAGACAAACAAAGAGGGACGAAUUGUAUUACAAAUAACAAUAACGGAGGUGUUUGAGUUGGCUCAGCCGGGAGUUGGAGAUUUCAGUGGAACAUUUUCGGAGCAGUGCAAAAACAUUCUGCUGAAAGACUUGUUGCUCCAACACCUUUGGUCGUGUAUUUUAUCCAUCGUCCCUUGAAGUCACUAUCUCCUACAUGAAUUUCAUCCAGAUUUAAGAGUCUAUUUGACAGUCCUGACAGCUGGUAUAAAGGCUUCAACUGCUCCUGUGCAGGAGAUACCAGAUCUCUCCCUACUGUGCUCCAGGCUUCGGCUUGGAGAUCCCAAGCACCACCAUGGACCCCAGCAGCUGGAGCGGCAGCGAGAGCCCUGCCGAGGACAUGGAGAGGAUGAGCGACUCGGCAGACAAGCCCCUGGACAAUGACGCCGAGGGGGUGUGGAGCCCCGACAUCGAGCAGAGCUUUCAGGAGGCGCUGGCCAUCUAUCCCCCCUGUGGGCGCAGGAAGAUCAUUCUAUCUGAUGAGGGAAAGAUGUACGGUCGGAAUGAGCUGAUCGCGCGAUACAUCAAGCUUCGGACCGGAAAGACGAGGACGAGGAAGCAGGAUCAGACCGUGAAGGACAAAGCCCUCCAAAGCAUGGCCUCCAUGUCCUCGGCUCAGAUCGUCUCUGCUACCGCCAUCCACAACAAGCUGGGCCUGCCAGGCAUCCCGCGCCCAGCCUUCCCCGGAGCGGCAGGGUUUUGGCAGGGCAUGAUAUCGACAGCCCAACCUGGAUCAUCACAAGACAUCAAGCCGUUCACCCAACAAGCAUAUCCUAUCCAGCCAGGAGUAACAACAACGAUUUCCAGCUAUGAGCCCACGUCAGCCCCAGCCUCCACAGUCCCAGCGUGGCAUGGCCGCUCCAUCGGGACAUCCAAGCUCCGGCUGGUGGAGUUCUCUGCCUUCCUUGAGCAGCAGAGAGACCAAGACUCAUACAACAAGCACCUCUUUGUGCACAUCGGACAGACGAACCACUCCUACAGCGAUGCCUUGCUGGAGUCAGUGGACAUUCGUCAGAUUUAUGACAAAUUCCCUGAAAAGAAAGGAGGACUGAAGGAGCUCUUUGGCAAGGGUCCCCAGAAUUCCUUCUUCCUCAUAAAAUUUUGGGCUGACUUGAACUGCAACAUCCAGGAUGAAGCGGGGGCUUUCUAUGGAGUGACCAGUCAGUAUGAGAGCUCCGAGAACAUGACAAUCACCUGCUCAACUAAGGUGUGCUCCUUUGGCAAGCAGGUGGUUGAGAAGGUGGAGACGGAGUAUGCCCGGUUUGAGAACGGACGCUUUGUGUACAGGAUAAGCCGGUCUCCCAUGUGUGAAUACAUGAUCAACUUUAUCCACAAGCUCAAACACCUGCCUGAAAAAUACAUGAUGAACAGUGUCCUGGAGAACUUCACCAUUCUAUUGGUGGUGACGAACAGGGACACACAGGAGACUCUGCUGUGUAUGGCGUGUGUGUUUGAGGUGUCGAACAGCGAGCACGGUGCGCAGCAUCAUAUCUACCGACUGGUGAAGGAAUGAGACUCCUGAACCCCCUGGAUCCUCCCUUUACAUAGACUAAAGAACCUCAAAACAAAGUGACAGUGCCUCUAGCUGAAAAUCACACAUGCACUGCUUUUCGGUCACAUUUUGUGAGUCAUUGUUAGUCAUUUCUUUGUAUAUUAAUGUAUGUAUUUGAUGUUUGACUGCAGCUGUGAAUUGCGGUACAGUUGUUCUAUGUUUUGAUACAGGAGAAAUUCUUCAUUUUAAGGAUGGCGAGUCAAUCUUUGUUUGUAGGAUGUACAUAUAUAAGAGGCAGUAUGUAAGGAAUCUGUUGGUUGGGUUUAAUUUGGUCAGCAGACAUUAUGUGUAUGUUGUCUUCUUUCGCUUUGAUCUUGUAAUGUACACUUAGAAAACACUAGAAAGAUGUUGUCUUUUCCCCAUUGGUUCUGUAAACUACAUGUAUAUCCGUAGUUGAUUUGUGAGCGUAUAGGUCACAGGAGGUUGGUGGCACCUUAAUCGGGGAGGACGGGCUCGUGGUAAUGACUGGAGUGGAAUCAGUGGAAUGGU